AUGGAGCAUGCUCUACAUGCAAGGGAAGAUGCCCAGGGCAGGCCAACUGACACACGCAUUACGGAACUCAUCCUCAUCAACGUCAUCCCAUGUGGCAUUGCAGGCUGCAUCGUUGGAUUGCGUAUGUAUGCCCGGACGAUGACGGUGAAUAAAUUGGGGUUGGACGAUUUGUUCGUAAUGCUUGCUACGUUUUUCGGAGUAGUUGUAACGGCGCUCAAUUGCUCAGGUGGGGCCUUUGGCUAUGGCCGGCAUUACUGGGCCAUGCCUGUCAGCAUAAACAUUGAACGCGCAAAUGAAGUUCAAUAUGCAACAGUGGCUUUCAGUUUUGCAACCCUAAGUUUUGCAAAGAUUUCCAUGGCCCUCUUCUACCUUCGUCUCAGCCCCAGCGAUACCUACAGGAAGGUGAUCAAGGCCGUCGCGGGUCUUUGCAUGGCUUUCAGCUUCAUCAGCCUCAUGUUUGCCCUGUUCUUUUGCUCUCCAGUCUCAAAGGCCUGGGAAGGGGCUAUGAAUCCUGGAAUCAAAGGAAAAUGCCUUCCGUUCUAUGAUAUUAUACUUGUCAUUGCCACAAGUUCUGUUCGAUUUGCUCACCUCUUCGACCGCAAGUAUUCACCGGCGAAUCCGGAUUACUUCUAUGACGCAAUCACACAGUUUACCUGGGCUUCCUUAGAAACCCAGAGUAGCAUCAUCUGUACUUGCCUUCCUCAUCUCAAUCCACUAUUUACAAACACCAUCCCGAGAUUUAUGAAGUCGAAAUUUACCAAUAGCAAGGGAAUUGGCGAUGUGUCAGGCGCUUUGAGACAACCUCGUCGAGAUAAUAAUAUGGGCGAUGACAACGACGCCCUCUUCCCCAAACGCCGCAACAGUCUGGAAAAAUGGGGCAUGAAGAUGACAGCGGUAGAGCGCGAGGGCGCGACUAUAAAUGAAACUUCCAAUAUCAGCAAUUCCGCCAUAGCGACACACGGCUCCGGCACCCAGAGAACUGAGUCGCAGGAUAAUAUUUUGGGGACCCCACCUGGGUCUAGCGCUGGGAUGGUUGUGGAAAAUAAUGAGUCGAAAAGGACGCCGUCAGAUCAUCUGAACCACGGCCCUGACAUAGUUUAG